UGUAGAUUAGUCCAGCCAAAUGGCCGAGCCAGCUGAUCCACCGGGUGAAAAAACGGAAGAAUCUUCCUCUUUUGAAGACAUCCAGGAAAGAAAAAUAAACAACGGAAUAGACAACGAUCUUGAACCAGCAUCUCAACCAACAGAACCCACAAACAACUCUGUUAGAAACAAUGACAUGACCACUGAAACAAACAACGACGAUCAACAAGACCUUAUUCUUGUUACAAGUCACUUUUCCAUUGACGAAUCAUCAUCAGAAGAUGCCACGAAAAACGCAGUGCCAAGCAAAACUGAUCAAACCAAAAAUAUGGAAAGCACUUUAUCCCAGCCACAGCUAGUAAACGAAUCUACUUCUACUGAUAUUUCUGAGAUGGAAGACUCAAAAACUGAACCAGAAAACGACCAGCAGUUGUCUAGGACUGUAGGAGAUACCGACAGUGAUGACACUACUACAGAAGACAAUAGACAAGUGAUAGAAAGACCAUCACACCUUGAUGUUAAGCCUAUUGUCAAGAAGAUAUCGGAUGCAGCACACUUCUCAUAUGCUGCUCUAUGUGCCAUUUCUAUGGCCCAGUUGUUUGACACUCAAUAUGACAGGCAGUGGAAGAAGAACUUCCUACUCUCCCUUCGGGAAUACCUGGAACUUCCGGAGUCUGUUGAGGCGUCCAUGGAGGCAUUCCAACACGGCAUGGGCAGUGAAUGUCUCCCCUCUCUUGUGGACACCUUAGUGAAGGAACCAUACCUGGAAACAAGUGCCUUUCCCCUGGUGCAAGAUCUACUAACAUUUGGCUUAAGAGAAGGUGAUUACGAUGCCCGUACCAGGUGCUUGCUGAAGCAGGUGGCGCUGUACCUGCGCGUGCCGUGGGAGGAGGUCGAGACUUACGAGGAAUCUCUCGUCAAGAGUCUCAAGGAACAUCAGUUUGAACUCAGCGAGGAAGAAAGGAAGGAGAGAGAGAAGCAAAAGAAGAGGAAACAAAGGAAGAGGUUUGUCACCAUUGGACUGGCCACAGUGGUUGGAGGCACUCUCAUAGGACUAACAGGAGGACUAGCUGCUCCCCUGGUGGCGGCCGGGGCAGGAGCCAUCAUCGGUGGCACCAGUGCUGCAGUCCUGGGCUCCACCGCCGGACUAGCAGUCAUCACGUCACUAUUUGGUGCUGCAGGAGCUGGCCUCACAGGGUACAAGAUGAAGAAGAGAGUUGGAGCAGUAGAACAGUUUGAGUUUGAACCACUGACUGAAGGGAACCAACUCCACAUCACCAUCGCUGUCUCUGGUUGGCUACGGUCAGACAAGCCAGACAACUUCUCUGCUCCUUGGGAGACCCUACUGCAGUCUAAGGAGCAGUACUGUCUGAGAUGGGAGGCCAAGUACCUGCUGAGCCUGGGCCGAGCCUUCGAAUACAUAGUCAGUAGUCUGGUGACCACUGCUGCACAGGAGGCCCUGAAGUACACGGUACUAGCUGGUUUGCUGGCAGCGCUAACCUGGCCCGUGUCUCUCAUGUCUGCCGCGUACGUCAUUGACAACCCCUGGAGCGUCUGUCUGCAGAGGUCAGAGGAGGUCGGCAAACAGCUGGCAGAGGUCCUGCUAACUCACCAACAGGGGAAGAGACCUGUCACCCUGGUGGGUUUCAGUCUCGGUGCACGAGUCAUCUUCUACUGUCUGAAGGAGAUGGCAAAAAGGAAAGAUUGUGAGGGUAUCAUAGAGGAUGUGGUCCUUCUGGGUGCACCUAUCAAUGGAAAGCCUGAGAACUGGAUGCCUAUGGACAGACUGGUCUCUGGUAGGAUCAUCAACGGGUACUGUAGAGGAGACUGGCUGCUGCAGUUCCUGUACAGAACUUCUUCAGUUCAGCUGAGUGUAGCUGGUCUGAGGCCGGUCAAAUGGGACAACAGACGCAUGCUGAACGUGGACCUCAGCUCAGUGGUGAACGGCCACAUGGACUACAUGAACCAGAUGGACACCAUCCUGAAGGCCGUCGGGGUGAAGACCAAAGAGUGUCGAGUUGCCGACAAGUGGGACCUGGCCACCGUCGCCUUAGACAGCAGCAAGAGGCACGGAGUCACCGGUCUGCGCAGGAGCGCCACAGCGCCAGAGUUGGCGGAACUGCAGGACAAACCGCAGCAAGGGGUGACAAAAUCACAAACUGAAUUCUUAAUUGUGGAAAGAGCAGAGCUCGGUGCAAGGGAAGCCAACAACUCAAGUGAGUUCGACAAGAAGAAUGAAGAUGUCAGCAAAGAAGAGGAAACGACGGUUGAAGAAGUUGAAAGUGCCUUAGAAGCAACAGAAUUGGAGGAAAAUGUUGGAGGGGGAACAGAAUCUCAGGAAGCAACUGAUGAAAAUGUAGAAGGGGUUUGUCUUCCAUUGCAGAAUCAGUCAGAUGAUGUGGAAAGUAUGUCAAAGGCCAAAGAGGAGAGUGCAACAGUUCAGAAAUCACAAGAGGGUGACUAGAUGUCAAAAUGAACCUUUAUAAACUAUUAGGCAACACCGACUUAAUUUUAUGGAUGACAUCCUCUGAAGACCCCCAGACUAGUGCGCGCGGGCGAAUAAAAAAAAUUCCGGCCAAAAAUAA